CUGCUACAAACAAGGGUCUAAAAUCUAUUCGUAAUUAUGAGAAGUUGUAAUUUAUAAUGCAUUGUAUGCAAAGAGAUUUUUAUUUGCUGACUAGCAACAAGCUUGUUUAUAUUUGCUCAAAUCUAAAGACGACCGCAUAACCACAGAAUAAGCUUUCAAAACAACAUAUAACAUUUCUGUUUUCAUUUUCUGUCAGCCAAGACGAAAGUGUGUCAAGCCUCGCUUUCGUUAUCAAUGGAUGACUUCAUAUAAGAAGAGAUCAUGUGCAGUUUUUCAGGAAAUAAUUGUUUUGUUUGGAAAUCCAUCUGAUAACUGUUCUCAUUAUAACGGAACUGAUUUAUUUUGGCGAUCUUGACAAUCGAGUCGAACAUUGUCUGAUUAUAAACAAAUCAUUUACAGAACGAGCAAAAGAGAGAAAAACAAGAGUCCCUCAGAUUAUGAAGACGAAUCUGUGAACAUGAAACGUUAGAGUUGAUAUAAUGAUAAAUCACUUAUAUCAUUUGAUUGUUGAAAACUGUUGAUCGCUGUAUUCAAGAGAAUAACAUAGAUUAGCAUGAGUUAAUGUUUUGUCAAGAAUUUUGUGGAUUUUUAGCAUACUAUCACUUAGAAUUGCUGCCAUUUUUACAAUUUUGAAAAAAAACGAAAUUUCAGGAAAUUUCCUGUUUAUUUUGUUCACCAAGCUGCACAAGGAGGACAAAUGUUAAAACUGAGAAGUUUCUUGUAACAUGAAUUGAUAGAUCGGCUCAGCCUGUCGCACCAAUAUUACUUUUUAAGUAACAUUGACACGAGACUAAAAUGAUUCUUUUCACUCUGGUUGCAUGGAUCGAGAAACACAAACUGUUGAUGUGUAGAUGUGCAUUCUCUCAGAUUUUUGGGACAAAGUAUGUCGCGUAGACCAAAACAAGGGAACUCGACAGCUGCAGCAAGAAUGGCAAAUCAUGAUUUAAUGGAGAAUCCUCCAUAUCUGGGAGCAGGGGGUGCUACAAAUGUUGAAUCAGAUGACUAUGCUAGAGACAUGCUAGAGACUUGUAUUGAUGACACUGUUUCAUUAAGUGAUCCAAAAGAGGGAAGCAAACAUGAAAAGAAAGGCAGUACUGCAAUGAUUGCAGAUCAGAGGAAAGGAGUGGUAAUCCAAGAUAAGGGGGAACAACAUAAGCCCCGUAAACCCAAACAACGCCAACACAAACCGGAGCUGGAUGUGGCUAAAGAAUUCAAAAAGUGCAAAGAAGAGGAAGCAACUCGUUUGGAUCUUAGCAAAUCCCAGAUUACUGUGAUACCAAAUACAGUUAAAGACUUGUCACAGUUACAAGAAUUUUACCUGUAUGGGAAUAAGCUGGCCACAUUGCCCCCGGAGAUUGGAGCUUUGACAAAUUUGACGAAGCUGGGAUUAAGUGAAAACUCGUUAACUACCCUUCCAGACACUCUUCAAAAUCUCAAGCAUCUCCGAGUGCUGGAUCUACGACACAACAGACUCAAUGAGAUUCCAGAAGUGGUGUAUAAUCUUAGAUCCUUAACAACGCUUUUUCUUCGAUUUAAUCGAAUCAAGCAUGUGGAGGAAGCCAUUAGAAAUUUAACAAAACUUACCAUAUUUAGCUUGCGAGAAAAUAAGAUAUCUAAAUUGCCACAAGGUAUUGGCCAGCUUGUGAAUUUGCUCACAUUCGACAUUUCCCACAAUCAUCUGGAACACUUACCUGAAGAGAUUGGAAACUGUGUGAUGCUAAAUUCCUUAGAUCUACAGCACAAUGAACUCUUAGACAUACCGGAAUCUAUUGGAAACCUCAAGUCACUUUCCAGACUUGGACUGAGGUAUAACAGGUUAACGAGCAUCCCAAAGAGCCUGGCUAACUGUGUCAUUAUGGAGGAGUUCAACGUCGAAGGAAAUAAUAUUGGACAGCUUCCCGAGGGACUGUUAUCUAGUUUGACUGGCUUACGCUACAUUACGCUGUCCAGAAAUGCAUUUCAGUCAUACCCAAGUGGAGGCCCAGCACAAUUUUGUUCUGUUUAUAAUCUCAACAUGGAACACAAUCAGAUCAAUAAAAUUCCACUUGGGAUCUUCUCCCGAGCAUCAAGUCUGACAAAGCUUAAUAUGAAAGAUAAUCAGCUGACAUUCUUGCCAUUAGAUAUUGGUAGCUGGUCCAAUAUGACAGAAUUAAACUUGGGAACAAAUCAGCUGACACGAGUUCCAGAAGAUAUACAAAAUUUAGAAAAAUUAGAGGUCCUUAUUCUUAGUAAUAACUUAUUAAAGCGUCUACCAUCCAGCAUUGGAAAUCUAAAGAAACUGAGAGUGCUUGAUUUGGAAGAAAACAAACUAGAAUCACUACCUCAAGAAAUAGGACAGUUACAGGAGCUGACACGACUCGUUGUCCAGUCAAAUCAACUGACCAGUCUGCCUCGUGCCAUCGGAUGCCUGUCCAAACUAGAAUACCUUGGUGCUGGGGAAAAUAAUUUGACAUCUCUUCCUGCUGAAAUAGGAACGUUGGAGAAUCUGGAAUCUCUAUACAUCAACGACAACCAGGAGCUCCAUAGCCUUCCCUAUGAACUGGUUCUCUGCAGCAAUCUUCAAAUCAUGAGCAUAGAAAACUGCCCUCUUAGUCAGAUUCCACCAGAAAUUGUUGCCAAAGGACCUUCUCUUGUUAUCCAGUAUUUACGAAUUCAAAGUCCAUUUUGUCCAAUAUGACUACCGAGUCAUGUCCCUCAUUUUCUCAUCGUCCAGUUAUAAACGGGAGGUGUUGGCUUCAUCUUCAUGUUGACGGAAGUGGAAGGUUGGUCGUUUUAGUCACAUGUUGACAAUGGAAAUCCAGCUGACAAUCACGACAGAUGUCAAUUCUUUUGAGAUGUUGAGAUGACCGAAGUAAAGACAAAUAUCUCCGUGGAGCCGUAUGGGAAAUUCAAUUGACUGGUUUUUGUUCUUGCUUUUAAUUCAAAUGAGAAUGCUUCCAAGUCAUCCUGGCAUACCCAAUAUAGAUGUAAUCAAAUCAUUUGCCUGAUUCCAUGCCGUUACAAGAGCAAUUCAGCAUUUCCUUACAAUUUUAUGUCAUUUUUGUUUUUAGGCAUAAUAAACAAUUUUUGUACACAUUGAACUGUUUAAUGCCAUUGGACUAUAUAUUAAUUUUUGUCACUACAGGAUGUUUGUUUAUUUUAGUGUGUGUUCUAGAAGUCAUGUUCAUAUUACUGUGAUAAAUUAUGGCUACGUUAAAGGAGAACGUUACAAGUUUAUAUUCUUGUCUGUAGCUUGUGUCUGAAUAUUUUACUAUUUUACAGAUUUAGUCAUUCAUAGUAUAUUGUUCUUCAGACUAAGACCAUUAAGAGGGUUGAAUAUAGCAGUAACUUCCUCCUGUUUAAAAACCCUCACAACACAGUUGUAAAGGGUAUUCCAGAAUCACUAGGUCUGUCAGUAUAUGACCAUCCAUCUGUCUAUAUUUUUUUGGCCCACCUUAUCUGGUAUUCAAACCAAACUUGCACCUAUUGCAUAUCUAGAGAUGCUUCAGAAUCUGGCCUUCUUUUUAUGUUUCAGUGAUUCUGGUUAAAGUCAGCAGGUCUGUUUCCAGCCUGGCACACCAUAGGGCCAUAAUUAAAAAAAUUUUGUUUGAUGUAAUCUGACCCAUAUUUUUCAAGUUAAAUAGGUUGGUUUUUUUUUCUUCGAUUUAUCUAGUAACGCAUUGAUAUUGUAUAUUUACACAUUUAUUAAGGGACUCCAUGAUUCUUACUAAAACUUCAUUGAGGUACUUGUAGUUUAGAUGUUUGCAAGUUGCAGCCAUAAAGAAAAAGUUUAAAAACAAUUCUGUCAAUCUGUAUUUUCCCAAAAGGAAGGGAAAAAAAGAAUUCAAAAAUUAAAGUACUGAAAAAAUUAUCAGGUGGGGCAGUUUUGAUCGAUCAGUAGGAACACAUCAAACAAAAUGUCUUUUAUUCAUGGCUUAGUAUCCAGACCAUACUUUAAGGUGGUGCAGUCCUGUCUGACUGGGAUGUGCAUUCUACCAAAAUACUUCAUGCUUCAGUGACUUUAAGGAUAUCAUUUAGGUCCAUUUCAGCUCAGUCAAAAAGGUAUUUUAAAAAAAUUGCAGCAAUACCAACUACAUGUAUUUGCAUGUUCAACAUGUAUCAAAAUCUUGAAGUUCAUGAGUCAUAGGUCCUUGUUGAAGGCCCUUCGAUGGACAUUCAUUAUUUAAAAAUCUUUUUUACUCAAACUUUUUCAGACAAACUUGAUGUAUCACAAUAAUAAAUAGGUAGUUCCCUCUUUCAGAAUUGUGAACGUUACAUAGUUUUGGGUUGGAGCAGUAAAUCAUAUACAGUUAAACUUCAGUAUGAUGGGUACUGAUAUGUGGAAUACUCUAGAUAUGUCAGAGUGAUUUGGAAGUCCCAAUAGCUUUUUUUCUGUAUGUAUUUUAAGGUCAAGUUCUCGAAUCCUCAAAGUUUUUUUCUCAGCCCCAUAGAGUUCAAGUUAAUAAGGUUUGACUGUAUAGCCAAUUAUGUCAUGCUGUACUAGGGUGACCAUUUAAGCACUUGAGCCUUUUGUAAUGGUUAGGAUGCAAUCCAGAAUUGCUUAUCUCUGUAUGCUUUGUUCCAUGCAGGAUUUCAAAGACCCCAUGUUAAGACCAUACCCAAGUAUGGGAGUGGGGAGGGCAUAGGUCCUCUUAGGAAAACUAAAGUUCUUUCAGAUUUAUCACUUCAUGAAUAAAUUAAACUGUUUUAUGUUCCCUUUUUUAUGUUUUUUUAUUGUUGAUCAUGAUUAUCUGUUGUUAUAGAAGUUAAGAGAGAGUUAUCUACCUUUGUCUUAUCUUCAAUAUUUGAAGUCAAGAAUAGUUAGGAUAUGUGUGGAAAGAAUGUGAACAAGGAUCUGCAAAGGACUCAGAUUUUUCAUAUGCAGUAUAGUCUUGUCCAUGAUGUAAUUAUUAUAUCUAUAUAUUUACCUUUCAUUUCAGUUUAAUUUAAAAUGUCUGUCUAAACAUUGUAUUUGUGCUUAGAUGAAGUUGUAUGAGUGUAGUAUGUUUAGAACUAAAUAUUAUUACUGCUUGUGUGCAACAAAAACAGGACUUUGGGCUGAAUUUGGUGCAUUCUAUCUACAUUUUUUAUAAUCUCCAAAGAAGUAGAAAAUUCUUAUAUAAGCCCACCUUCAAGACUGGUUGUUUAAUUAAGUGUAUGUCAGCAAAGCAUUCAAAUGAUACAAAUAACAUUUCAUUGAUAAUUCUGUUGCUAAGAAGAAUGUGUUCUUUCCUUACAAAGUCUUAAUAUAAACCUUUUUGAAACCUUGAGCUUGAUUUUUUGGAAAGCUUACUUGAUGCGGUUAUAUGGAAAUGUUGUAUGUGAUUUGUUAAAAAACUUUUAUCUCUCCA